AUGUCCACACUGCUAGUGCUAGCUGCUCAUCUCAUCGACCACCUCUCGGCUCUCGCAUACACCAGAAUCCAUCGAUCUCAAGUCCUCGGUCGAUCUCGGCUGUCCUGAGCUCGCAGCACCUCCUCGCCUGCUUGUGGUUCCGAGAUCCUCUCUUGGUUUUGGCCGGGCGGUAAGCAACAUGGGAUCUCUCGGUUAGCCGCCGCUGGGGCCGAGUUUGCACCGAUUCAUCUUCCCAUAACAUCCUUUGCCGGUCAAGCAAAUCCUGUUGGGUUCCCCUCUUCUUGAGAUCUGUUUACUGGACGCACACCCCCAUCAAAACUCAAGACAUCUUCUGAUCUAGUGGUGUGCCGUGCUGGUUUCUCUUCUUGAUCACACUGCAGAGGCUGUUGGCAAACAGAUCAAUAAUUGUUUCGGCUCAUGCUUCUCUACUACUACUCCUGGGGCCAAGUCUAGCCGAGGGAUCAAUUGGUGCAAGGCGAAGGUGACUUCCAAUCUCACUGCAACCCCGUCCACGCUGCCGUACGCAGGCAGAAGCAUUGAACUCUAAGAGAUCUUCCCAUCGUCGCACAUCAGCUAGCGUGAUCAUGGCAACUGCCAUAGUCAGCGCAGCGUUUUCGCUGGUGGGCAAGGCGCUGUCUCCUCUAACCGAUGGCUUGCUCAAGGACUGGGCAGCCAGCGUGGAGCUCGGUGACAACGUGGAGGCCCUCGAGCAAGAGCUGCUGGCUGUGCAGGCGCUGCUUGAGCACACCAUCGGCAAGGAAAUAGUGGACAACUCGGCACUCAAAAAGAUGCUGCUUAAACUUCAGGACCUCGGGUAUGACGCCGAUGAUGUGUUGGACGAGCUGGACUACUUCCGCAUCCAGGACGAGCUGGAUGGUACCUUUGAUGCUGCCGACAAGCAUGCCAAGGGUGUCACACAUAACCUGGCCUUCAAUGUGCGUCACACUGCAAAAGCUGUUGGCAAGCAGAUUUGGUUGCCUUCAUGCUUCUCAUCUGCUGCUUCUUCAGAGGCCAAGGCUAAUCCAGGGGUCAACAGACAAAAGGCAAAGCUCAACUCCAGAUCUUGCUGCAACCCCAUCCACACUGUCGGUAAAUGCUUCCCUUGCUCAUCUCCGCCAUCUGUUCCUGAUGAUGACAAGGAUGACAAAGUUGACCAUGGCAUUGGCAUGCACAACAAUUCAACACAGAGAAACCUUACUACAAAUAAUAUUGAACCACCCAAGUUGAGAUUUAACAGAGUGGAUGCCUCCAAAAGAAUGCAGGAUAUUGUAAAGAAAUUGCGGCUCCUGCGUCAAGAUGUUUCUAGCAUUAUUACAACACUUGGUUCAAAUUGGAGCAAUGUCCCAAAUAUUGCACAGAGUCGUCCUAUCACCACCUCUGAAAGUAUAGAACAGAAACUGUAUGGGAGGGACCAUAUAAUGAAUAGCAUCAUCCAUGUUAUCACAAAGAGUGAACAUUCUGCUGAGGUCCUCACGGUCAUUCCAAUUGUUGGUCCAGGUGGCAUAGGAAAGACAACUCUUGCACAACACAUAUAUCACAGUGGAGAAGUGCAACAACAUUUUGAUGUCAAGGUCUGGACAUGUGUAUCACUCAACUUUAAUGUGAAUAAGGUGCUAACAGAGAUUAAAAAAUAUAUCCCCAAGGUUGAUGGUGAAAGUAGUAAUGCUACUAACUACUGGUGAGUUAAUUGGGCAAAGAUUGAAAAAUAAGAGGCUUUUGCUUGUAUUAGAUGAUAUAUGGGACUGCAAAAAUGAGGAUGAAUGGAAACACCUACCACCUACUACUGCCAUUCCAAAAAUCACAAGUACAGGGUAAUAUAAUUAUAGUCACCACAAGGCUUCCAGUGCAAGCACAAAUAAUGGAUAAAAAAAAGGAUCAAUCAAUACAUUUGCAAGGUUUAGAAAAUACAGAAUUUGAGGAAUUAUUUCAAAAAAUUAUCUUUGGUGAUGAUGAUAAAUCUAGAAAGGACCACACAUUCUUGCUUCAAACUGGGUUCAAGAUAGCUAGUAGACUAAAGGGCUCCCCUCUUGCAGCAAAAACUGUUGGUAGAUUGUUGAAUACCAAACUUGAUUUGGCUCACUGGACUAGUAUCUUAGAAAGUAAGGAAUGGGAGCAUAGUAAUGGCACGAAUGACAUUAUGCCUGCACUGAAGUUGAGCUUUGAUCAUCUACCUUCUCGGCUUCAUCAGUGUUUCUCCUUCUGUGCAUUGUUUCCUCAAGAUUACAAAUUCGAAAGAGAAGAGCUAAUUAACUUUUGGAUAGGACAAGAAGUUUUGCAUUCAUCAAAUGGUGAAAACAAAAGAGUUGAAGAUAUCGGGCUAAGUCAUUUGACUGAGUUGGUUAACUACGGAUUUUUGGAAAAUAAAGGAGGGAUGGAUGGAAGAACUUAUUACAUCAUUCAUGAUCUCUUACAUGAAUUAGCACAGAAAGUUUCAUCAGUUGAAUGCCUUAGAAUAGACAGUUCCCAAUCUCAAAUCAGCUCCUUACAAGUCCUACCAUCAAUCCGCCAUUUGUCUAUCAAUAUAGAUGAUAGCAGUGCCAAGGAUAGAUUGACUCUCAAAAAUUAUGUUCAAGAUUUCAAUACAUUGGGUACAAGAUUAAAAGUUGAAAAAUUGCGGACUCUGAUGAUAUUUGGGGAACACCAUGGUUGCUUUGUGAAAGCUUUUGGUGAUUCAUUUAGGCAAGCAAAGUCCCUCCGUCUUGUCUUUCUAUCAAGAUCAUCCUAUGAUGUGAAAGAUUUGUUGCAUAACUUUUAUUGUCUUAUCCAUCUUCGCUAUCUUCGGAUUGAAAGUUCUAGACUAUAUGAAGCAACAUUUCCAAACAAAAUUUCCAGAUUUUAUCACAUGAAGGUCCUAGAUGCAAAACACUGUGACAUCGAAGUUCUACCAAGAGAUGUCACCAACCUUGUAAAAUUGCGUCAUCUUCUUGUUCAAGAUGAUACAAUACACUCUAGCAUCACUGAGGUUGGGAAACUAGAAUCAUUACAAGAGUUGAGAAGAUUUGUGGUCAAACAAGAUGAUCAAGGUUUUGAAUUAAGGCAGAUAGGACAUUUGAAAGAGCUCUGUGGAUCAUUGCACAUUGGUAGUCUUCAAAAUGUUCUGGUACUAGAAGAAGCAGAUGAAGCAAAGUUGAUGCUAAAAAGUCGCCUACAUGAGUUGAUACUACGUUGGGAAAAUAUUGGCCAAUCUAUCAAUGUCUCCACACUAGGAGAUCAUGUUCUUGAAAGGCUUCAGCCAAGUAGCAAUCUUCAAAAGUUAUCUAUUACAGGGCACAGAGGAGGCACUUGCCCUUCAUGGCUGGGUAUGAACCUCUCACUGAGUAGUCUGCAAUCUCUUUGUCUAAAUGAUGUAAACUGGAAAACAUUUCCACCUAUAGGAGAUUUGUGGUUAGUAAAUGUGCCCCGUGAGGAAAUCUCAAUCAAUAUCCCUGAGAAGAGUUUUGGAAAUUUGAGAAGGCUGGAACUUGUGAACUUGUCAGGAUUGCAAAAGUGGGUUGCACACGCCCCGUGUCAAUUGUUUCCUUAUUUGGAAGUGCUUAUCAUUAGGGAUUGCUCUCAACUUGUGGAAUUGUCAUUUUCACAUUCUGCAUGUUGUCGUCAACAAGGAAAAGAUGCAAAAGAUAAUUUAUUUUCUAGAUUGUUGGAGCUCGAGAUUGUGAGCUGCCCACAACUAUCGUCAUUUCCACCCAUUCCUUGGACUGAAGCUCUGUGCUCCAUUAAAAUAAUAGGAAUUUCAUCUCUUACGAAUCUGUAUUGCAUAAAAGAAAAUAAAUAUAGUUUGGAGAUAGAGGGAAAGGAGGAUACAAAUGAUAGCGCGCUUUGGAACGUGCUAGCUUUUGAUAAUCUAACCAGACUGGAGGAGUUAAGAAUGUUCCAAUGUGGACCCCUGCCUUUGCGCUACUUACAAAUGCUAUCAUCCCUAAGGACCUUGAAGAUGUAUUGUUCGAGUAAUGUCUUUCCAUUAGUUGAGGCUGAUAGCCAUGUCAAAUACCAGUUUUCAGUUGAAGAGUUGUCCAUCAUGGAGUGGAAUGCCAGUGGGAAGGAGUUAACACAACUACUCACCUACUUCCCAAAGCUCUCAGAUCUGCAUCUGUGGAGUAGUAGUAAGGUAACAGGGCUGGGUGUGAACGUGACGGCGCAGCCGGCACCAGAAACACCCGGACCAUCAUCUUCAGCUAAAGUCGCAUCAGAAGAAGCAGAAUGUGGCCUGUUGCUUUUGCCUCCCCAACUCCUGGAGCUGCAGAUCAGCAAGUGCCGAGACCUGAGCCUCCUCCGCUCCAAUCCACAUGACCACAGCAACGAAGAAGAUGGAGGAACUGGGGGAAGAGGAGGAGGGCUCCAACGUCUAACCUCCCUCCGACGGCUGGAAAUCUGGGAUUGCCCCAAGUUCCUGUCCGCCUACUCGUCUUAUUCAUCCUUGUCUUCUUCUUUCCCCUUCCCCAACUCCCUGGAACACCUUGAUAUUAACAGAGCAGUGGGCACAGAGGUGCUGCUGCCUCUAUCAAACCUCACCUCUCUCUCACAAGUUUAAUCAUAUCCAGAUGUGGGGAUUUAAGAGGCGAGGGAUUGUUGUCUCUACUCGCCCAAGGCCAUCUCACCACAUUAUCUGUCUUCCAAACGCCCAAUCUCUUUGUUGAUUCCGAUCCCUCACAGGUGCAUGAACAGGAGAUUCUAUCCUGUUCCUCCAAACUGCAGGAGCUCCGAAUAAAUGAUGUGGCUGGAUUCACUACUGCGGCCAUUCAUCGUAGCCUGAUCUUUUCCUCGCUCACCAAAUUGGAUAUUUUUGGGUAUGAUAAGGUGAAGAGCAUUACCGAGGAGCAAGAGGCCCUUCUGUUUGUCGACUCCCUCGAGGAUGUCACAUUUUUUGACUGCAGUAACCUGCAGUUCCUGACUGAACGGCUACGUACACUUCACAACCUCAAGAGGUUAUACAUCGACAUGUGCGACUGCGAAGCAAUCCACAUGCUACCCAAGGAUGGUAUCCCAAGUUCACUUGAAGAAUUGUAUAUCAGGACUUGUCCAGAACUCCAGUCACUGCCCAAGGAUUGCCUCCCAGAUUCACUGCAAAAAUUAGUGAUCAGAUACUGCCCAGCAAUACUGUCGCUGCCCGAGGUGGAUGACCUUCCAAGUUCACUGCGAGAAUUAGAUGUCAGUGAAAGCGGAAGUGAGGAGCUAAGGAGGCAGUACCGCGAGUUGAUAAAUAUCAUUCCAAUAGUCAAAACCUGACAAACCCAAGGGCAGUUCUUCAUAUUGUGUAUUAUUCUGUCCUCUGGAUUCUCUCACUAUCUAUUCACAAUUUUGGAUUAUAAUAAAGUAUGAAUCUCUGCACAUGCCUUCCACCCUAUGCAUCAAACUGGUAAGUGCCUGUAAGAUCACCUCUUUAGUCUCAUACAGAUAUGUACAUGUUCAGAAUGUUGCUUACAUGCAUAUUUGAUGCUUGAUCCAGUUAUUUAUGCACUUAUUAAUGCCUUUUGUUUCGUGUGUAACAAUAACUGAUAUAUGUUUUCGACCAAGUGAAAAUGUUUAAUGUACUCCUGCCUUGCUGUUCUGAAUCUCAGAAGAUUUACUGAAAUAUGAAUGCUGAUGGAUGGUUUUUUUUUUCUAAUCAAUGGUCUGCACUCUUACGAAAAUCAGUUCAGCAAGGUUUCAGUCUCUUGGUUUUUUUUUUUCCUGGAUGCUGCUGCUCUGCAGUUAUCGAGCUUGGGUUGGUCUAGGAUCCCUUGUUCUGGUGGUGGUCCGUGGAGGCAGGGAUGGCUGUGCAGCUUUCAUGGGCUCCUGCAACAUGUUAAGGUGUUCCUUUGGUCUGGAAAGUUGCCUACUGGAGAGAUUAUGCUGCUUUAGGGCUAUGGAGCUUUCUUAGUGCUAGAUGAAUUCAACAACUUGUCAAGCUUAUUUACUCAGUCGGAAUUGUGUCCAGAUGCAUAUGCAAUACUGAUUGCCAUACCCAUAGAGGAGUGAUGCUUCAAGCUGAAGAUUUUACCAACCAAAUUACCUUGUGAUCUUGAUAAUAAUUAAUGCAAUAGCAAUUCAUGUACAUCCAGUGAUCAUAAAUCAUUAAAUUAGCAGCAUCCAUCUCAGAGUUCUCUGCAAGUGAAUGAUAGGAUCCAUGCCUGUCUCGCUCCCUCAGCAUCUUUGUCCCACGCGACACGUCAGCUUCAUCUGAAGCUCCAUGCAUGAAGCAAAUAUCAUGAGGCUUCCUACUAAAUGGUGCAAACUGAAGUUUGUCAGGUUUCGGAAGGCAUUCCAUGUUGAGGAUAGCUGCAUCAUCAACCCUCCCUUUUAUUUGUUCUCUAUUUACCUUGGAGACAAAUGCAAAGCAAGGUCUUCAGGCUAUAAGAAGAAUUUUCACAUAUUAGGCUGAUGCCUAGAAAUUUUCUUCUAGAUAUGGCAGCUCUGAAGGUGACAUCAACAUUGUGCCUCAGCCUGCUGGUCAUGACACUCCUCUUGGAUCCAAGCUGUGGGAAUAAGGAACCGUGUGACGAGUGGUCAAGUGACACAUACCGAAUGCUGCUCCUGUGUAGCAGCAAAACGUGCAGCAAGCACUGCAUCAGCGAGGGCGCCACCAGGGGGAAGUGUGGCUUCCUCAUCUUCAGGUCAUUCUGCUUCUGCACCAAAGAAUGCGACUGAACACAGUCAUCUGAACUGCACCGUUGACUUGCCAUUUUCAGCAGUAAUGAUGACUUGCUUAUGAAUAAGAGCAAGGUUGUGAUGUGAUGUGGCUACUCAGAUCUUUGAUUCGAUCAAUAAAUCCUUUUGCCAAUA